AUGCCGAGAGGUGUGCAGAGGGCUCCAGGCGAUGGCAGGGGAGUGCUGAGAGGUCGAGAUGGGAUUCAAGAAUGUAGAGAGGUGGAGCACAUCAAGGUAGAUGUUUUCGGUGGUAGGUUGCGAUGCUGGGGUGGGCCAGAGACACUAGACAUCAUAGGCGGAGCCCAGGAAGACGGGCGCCGACCGAUCCCACAUCUGGCGACGUUCCCGUCGAGGUUUGCCUGGAGAUGGCCUUGCGUCAAGGAGCUGCGGGUCUACAACGCGGCGUCGCAGGCGCAGGAUUUCGAUCUGAAUGCCGUCGUGCGCAAUCUGGCUGUCUGUUGGAUCACCGACCUCAACUUCUACGACCUGAUUCGGGCAAUGCCACUCAUCGAUCCCACAAAGGCACAUCACAUCGAGUUUGUCUCCGUGAAGAGCGCAUGGACGAACUUGGCGAUGGAGUGGAUGGCAAGUUGUUUGUGUAAGAAUGCCUUAUAUGGCAUGCUUCCUGGUCUUGAUCCCAGCUUAGCUCGGUCACUUAUCUUUGGAGUCGCGAGAAACUUCCGAUCAGACGUCAAGGGCUGCUCGCAUUUCUACCACACGCCCGCGGACGUCUUGGUACCAGAAGAGUCCUCCAGCUCGCGCGAGUGGAUACUGCGCGGCCUACUCGCGAUGGUGCACUACACUCAGGAUAUUGUCAAUGCGAUGGAGCUCUGUGCAUUAAUUGCCAUUGAUUCCAUCACUAAGGCGACUGUCAGCCUCACGCCAGCGCCGCACAAUGCAGAUGAAGCACUGAGCGAGCAUUCGUACUAUCAGAUACAGGGCAUUGUUGUAAAUACAUGGAAGAGUACCCAGAACGAGGCUGGGGCCCAUACACGAAGGACACCCAGUGGUAGCGAGAUGCCGCAUUCGAGGCCUCGCAUUGCAGUAGUUCUGCAAAUUUUAUCACGCCUGGGUCACAGCGGCAACUUUGAACUCCGCUCGGCAAAUGUUGCAGGACUGCAAAUAAGUGAAGUAAAGGAGAGGCAGCGGGGUAUGUAUAAUCGCAUCGGCAUUGCUUUGGCAGCUUGGAGUCCUCGAUUUGAGCUGCAGACAGCAGAUGCGUGGGCCGGCGUUGAACCGCAGGAAUAUGAGUGGAACCUUCGUUACGAGCCUCGCAACGCGCUCGUCAAGGAAGCGGCCAGGAUUGACUUCUCAGUCACCAUCCACGCAAUCAAACCUGACGUUGAAACACCUAAGAUCGUAGUGCCUGCUAGCCUAUCAGCGAUGCUGUGCAACAACGAGGACGAACCGGGGACAAACCCAUACAACAGGACCGAAGACCUCGCAUUGAGACUGUUCGGACAUUCCGGAUCACAAGCACGUCGUGAAGCUUUGUAUACCAUGGUGCAGCCCUUCCCGAAUGAGAUAUGGUUGGACAUCUUCAAAAGCCUGUUCGAGGACGGCGAGUACGACGCGUUGGAACGAUGCAGGGUGGUGGAUGCUUCCGGUGGUAAGCUACGACGCUGGGGUGGACCAGAGAGGGUGUCCGUUAACGGCGGGCACGGAGAAGACGGGCGCCGACCGAUUCCACAUCUGGCGACGUUCGCGUCGAGGUUCGCAGGGAGAUGGCCCCGCGUCGACGAGCUGUCGACUGACAACGCGGUGUGGCGGACGCGGGAUCUCGAUGUCGACGCCGUCUUGCGCGAUCUGGCCGUCUCUUCGAUCACCGAACUCUACCUCUACGACAUCAUCUUCCCGUCGAUUUCGACGCUUGGCCGCCUCGCGUCCCCAUGGAGUGUCGUUCGAGAAUUGACACUCGACGCUGUCACGUUUCCCUCGGUCACGACCUUUGCUCGUCUCUUAUCAUGCGCGUUCGUGAAACACGGCUUUGACCUCAGAAGCGUGCCUGUACACUUUGGCUUACCAUUACAACUAGCAGAUGUCGAUCUGACACACGCCUUCUGCAUAUACUCUGACCCUGAUUCUGUGGCCGACCUGGUUGAAUUUUUCAUCGCCACUGGUCUCGGCAAAAGUCUUCGCCGCAUCAACGCAUCCCUAUCGUCGUUUCUUCGGGUGGCAAGCGAAAUCGACGCCGCCCUCAGCAGGCUCGUCGAAUAUUCAGCACAAUCACUCCGCCAUCUCUCACUCCACUCAUCCUCUUUACGGCAAAACUGGGUGCAUCAAAACUACAGUGCAGCCCCAUACUUCAAUGUCUCUGAGAACACGUGCCUCGAACGUCUCGAUCUCACAGUUCAAUUCGCCCACGGAAACAGAUCACAUCUGUGUGCACCAGUGUCCGAGAUCAUGUCGCAGAUCACAUCCACGCAUAUAUCGAGGAUUCAAGUGAAAUUUAUCUCUUGUCAUCAUACCGGCGCACGUCUCGACGUGGAUCUGGGAGAGCUGAUGGAUGGAAUUCCCCAGCUCGAUGACAUCCUCUCAGGGCCGAUCUUCGAUGGCCUCACUAACGUUGUUGUAGACGUGAGAACACUUGACAGAUCGAAUGUGCGAGAUGAACAUUCAGCGCAUGAGCUUACAUUGUGCUUGCCAAGGCUUGAUGCACGCGGUAUUCUAGGCAUAUGGUUCAAUGGCAUCCUGUACGCCGCACGGAUUGGAAUGCACUGGGACGACGACACGGGUGGAUUAAGACGUCGCGGGAUCGAGAGAGUUGCCGCACAGGACGCUGUGGUAACGAAUGAGGAGACUAACGCUGAAGACGACAGGCGUACCCAAAGCCCUACUACUGGUGCAAUCUUGCAUGAAGUAGCCGCCUAUGUCGACGCUUAG